UGGCGAAGCUGCGCAAACAGCGUCUACUCGAUGCGCUCAGUCUGUACAAGCUGAUCUCCGAGAGCGACGGUGUCGAGCAGUGGAUCGGCGAGAAGGAGCGCAUGCUGGACACGAUGGUACCUGGCAAGGACAUCGAGGAUGUAGAGAUCAUGAAGCAUCGCUACGACGGGUUCGACAAGGAGAUGAACGCGAACGCGUCACGCGUAGCCGUUGUCAAUCAACUCGCCCGCCAGCUGCUGCACGUGGAGCACCCGAACUCGGAGGAAAUUCUGAUGAAGCAGAACCACCUGAACCAGGCGUGGUCGGCGCUGCGCGAACAGGCCGAAGGCAAGCGGGACGAGCUGAAGUCGGCCCACGGUGUACAAACGUUCUACAUCGAGUGCCGCGAGACGAUCUCGUGGAUCGAGGACAAGAAGCGCAUCCUGACGGAGACGGACAGCCUGCAGAUGGAUCUGACCGGUGUGAUGACGCUGCAGCGUCGACUGAGCGGCAUGGAGCGCGAUUUGGCCGCCAUUCAGGCGAAGCUUACGGCGCUCGAGAGCGAAGCGGACGCCAUCGAGGGUGAGCACCCGGAGGAGGCCGCCCUGAUCCGGGAGCGCGUGGCUCAGAUUCAAAUCAUUUGGGAGCAACUGACGCAGAUGCUGAAGGAGCGCGACUCGAAGCUGGAAGAGGCCGGCGAUUUGCAUCGCUUCCUGCGCGAUCUCGAUCACUUCCAGGCGUGGCUAACGAAAACGCAAACGGAUGUGGCGUCCGAAGACACGCCAACUUCGCUGCCGGAAGCGGAGAAGCUGCUUAACCAGCACCAGAGCAUCCGCGAAGAGAUUGACAACUACACCGAGGACUACAAGAAGAUGAUGGAGUACGGUGAGGGGCUGACGUCGGAACCGAGCCAAACGGAGGACCCACAGUACAUGUUCCUGCGCGAACGUCUGCGUGCGCUGAAGGACGGCUGGGAAGAGUUGCACCAGAUGUGGGAAAAUCGGCAGGUGCUACUGUCGCAGGGCUUGGACCAACAGCUGUUCAAUCGGGACGCUCGGCAGGCGGAGGUUCUACUGAGCCAGCAGGAACACGUGCUCAGCAAGGACGACACGCCGGUUAACCUCGAGCAGGCUGAGAAUCAGCUGAAGCGUCACGAAGCAUUCCUCACGACGAUGGAGGCCAAUGACGAGAAGUUCAACACGAUCGUCCAGGUGGCGGACCAGAUGACGAGCAAGGAGCACUUCGACGCGGACAAGAUUGGCAAGCGAGCGGAGAGCAUUGCGCAUCGGCGCGAUGACAACCGCAACCGGGCGCUCGAGCUGCACGAGAAGCUGAAGAACCAGGUGAAGCUGCACGAGUUCCUGCAGGACAUCGAAGAGCUGACCGAGUGGGUGCAGGAAAAGUACAUCACCGCGCAGGACGACACGUACCGCAGUGCGAAAACGGUGCACUCCAAGUGGACGCGCCACCAGGCGUUCGAGGCUGAGAUUGCGGCCAACAAGGAGCGGCUGCACGAGGCGAAAAAGGCCGCCCAGGAGCUGAUGGUGGAGAAGCCCGAGUUCAAGGAGAUCAUCGAACCGAAGCUGAGCGAUCUGUCGAAGCACUUCGAUGAGCUGGAAACGAGCACGAAAGAGAAGGGUGCGCUACUGUUCGAUGCGAAGCGCGAGGUGAUCGUGCAGCAGAGUGUCGACGACAUUGACUCGUGGAUGGAUGACCUGGAGAAGCAGAUUAUUAACACCGACACCGGCAGCGAUCUGACGUCCGUCAACAUCCUCAUGCAGCGGCAGCAAAUCAUCCAAACGCAGAUGGCCGUGAAGGCCCGUCAGGUGGAGGAGCUUGACAAGCAGACCGAGGUUCUGACCAAGACGGCCCCGCAGGACGUGGUGGAACCGAUUGUCGAGAAGAAGACGGCCGUGAAUGCGCGCUUCGAGAAGAUCAAGGCCCCGUUGCUCGAACGCCAGCGCCAGCUGGAGAAGAAGAAGGAAGCGUUCCAGUUUCGGCGCGACGUGGAAGACGAGAAGCUGUGGAUCGACGAGAAGCUUCCGUUGGCCGCGUCGACCGAGUACGGUAGCUCGCUGUUCAAUGUGCACGUGCUCAAGAAGAAGCACCAGUCGCUCAACACCGAGAUCGAUAACCACGAGCCGCGCAUCAUGACGAUCUGCAACAACGGACAGAAGCUGAUCGACGAGGGCCACGAGGAUGCCGGACCGUACGCGGCACUGAUCAGCGAGCUGACGCAGAAGUGGCAAGAGUUGCGCGAUGCCGUCGAGGCGCGCCACCGUCAGCUCGAUCAGUCCGAGAAGGUGCAGCAGUACUUCUUCGAUGCGGCCGAAGCGGAAUCGUGGAUGAGUGAGCAGGAAUUGUACAUGAUGGUGGAGGACCGUGGCAAGGACGAAACGUCGGCCCAAAAUCUGAUGAAGAAACACGAAAGCCUUGAGCAGUCGGUGGAGGAUUACGCGGACACGAUUCGUCUGCUGGGUGAAACGGCACGGCAGCUGACGGGCGAACAGCACGCUUACAGCGAUCAGGUUUCGGUGAAGCAAUCGCAGCUUGAUAAACUGUACGCCGGGCUGAAAGAUCUGGCCGGUGAGCGACGUGCACGGCUCGACGAGGCUCUGCAGCUGUUUAUGCUGAGCCGUGAAGUGGACGAUCUGGAGCAGUGGAUCACGGAGCGGGAAGUGGUGGCGGGAUCGCACGAGCUCGGCCAAGAUUACGACCACAUUACGCUGCUGUGGGAACGGUUCAACGAGUUUGCCCAGGAUACGGCCACGGUCGGUAGCGAGCGUGUGGCAAAGGCGAACGGUAUUGCGGACGAGCUGAUCCACGCGGGCCACUCGGACUCGGCCACUAUUGCCGAGUGGAAGGACGGCCUGAACGAGGCGUGGCAGGAUCUGCUGGAGUUAAUUGAAACGCGCAAAGCCAUGCUGGCGGCGUCCCGAGAGCUGCACAAAUUCUUCCACGACUGCAAGGACGUUCUGGGACGCAUCAACGAGAAGCAGCACGGCGUGUCGGAGGAGCUGGGCCGCGAUGCGGGCGUCGUGUCGGCGUUGCAGCGCAAGCACCAGAACUUUAUCCAAGACCUGAUGACACUGCACGCACAGGUGCAGCAGAUCCAGGAGGAAUCGCUCAAACUGCAGGCGGCAUACGCAGGCGAGAAGGCCCGGGAGAUAACGAACCGUGAGCACGAGGUGCUCAACGCUUGGGCUCACCUGCAGGGUAUGUGUGAGGAACGCCGCGGAAAGCUGGCCGAUACGGGCGAUCUGUUCAAGUUCUUCAACAUGGUCCGCACGCUCAUGCUGUGGAUGGAGGAUGUGGUGCGUCAGAUGAACACAUCGGAGAAGCCACGCGACGUCAGCGGUGUCGAGUUGCUGAUGAACAACCACCAGAGCCUGAAGGCUGAGAUCGACACGCGCGAGGACAAUUUCAGUGCGUGCCUGGCCCUUGGCAAGGAACUGUUGUCGCGCAACCACUAUGCAUCGGCCGACAUUAAGGACCGGCUUCUGCAGCUGACCAACAGCCGGAAUGCGCUGCUCCAUCGGUGGGAGGAACGCUGGGAGAACUUGCAACUGAUAUUGGAGGUGUAUCAAUUCGCCCGUGAUGCGGCCGUCGCCGAAGCAUGGCUCAUUGCACAGGAACCGUAUCUGAUGUCGACCGAGCUCGGCCACACGAUUGACGAGGUGGAAAAUCUAAUCAAGAAGCACGAAGCCUUCGAAAAGUCGGCCGCAGCCCAAGAAGAACGCUUUAGCGCUUUGGAGCGAUUAACAACGUUUGAGCUCAAGGAAAUGAAGCGUCGCUCGGAGGCAGCGGAAGAAGCCGAACGACAACGUUUGCUGGCAGAGGCUGAGGCACGGGCCGCUGCCGAAGCAGAGGCGGAAGCGGCACGGCAAGCGGAGGCAGCUGCUGCCGCGCGCGACAUGGCUGACGCUCCCGGAUCGCCACAUUCCACCAAGGAGCAAGAGUCAGUUGGUGGCCAAACCGUAGUCUCUCGGCGGCACUCCGGAGUACCGAAAGAGCGGUCCAGCAGUUCGGCCAGUGCAUCGGCCGGCGUUAAGGUCAGUCGACGGUCACGCUCCAAGAGCCCGUUCCGAAGCUUCCGGUGGAAGCGCACCAGCUCGAAGGCGGAUGGAGCAUCAGAUGAUGAAGAUCGUCCUAGUCCAGGUGGAGCAGACGAGGGCGCACAGGAAGGCAUUCUUACGCGAAAACACGAAUGGGAGUCUACCACCAAGAAAGCUUCGAACCGUUCCUGGGAUAAGUUGUACUGCGUUGCCCGUAGCGGCAGGUUAACAUUCUUCAAGGAUCAAAGAUCAUCGAAAUCAGUACCGGAACAGACGUUCCGCGGUGAGCCACCGUUGGACCUGAAGGGAGCCCAGAUUGAGAUUGCUGUUGACUACACCAAAAAGAAGCAUGUGUUCCGAAUCAAGCUGUCGAACGGAGGCGAAUUCCUGCUACAGUGUCACGAUGACGCCGAAAUGAAUCAAUGGGUAACGGCUUUGAAAGCACAAUGCGAGCUUGACGCUAGUGGCGAAGGCCGCUCGCUGACGCUACCCGCUUCCUCUCAGAAGGAUGAACAGAAGAGACGGUCAUUCUUUACACUGAAGAAAAAUUAAAAACAUUACGAAAACAUACAUGAAUUGGUUAAACAAAACAGCAAACAGCAAAGCACCACAACAACAUCAAAAUCAACAUUUACCACUUCCGUUACGAAAUAACAAACAAAAGCGAGCCACAAGGUCACGCAACUUUACCUAGCCGUGCGCGCUCACAAAAGAAUACAAAAAAUGCCAGUGCGCCUGCCAACAACACCGCCUACAACAACACCAUAAUUCCUCCCGCAAAUUGGACGUUCCAGUUUCCUUUGGUUUCGUAUGAUUUCUGACUUGCGAAAGGAGAAACCAAUUCCUUCGUUCGCUCAAACUUCUUCCAUACUCCAAACCCGGGUGAAAACACGGAAGCGAAUCGUAGAACCGACGAGCCAGGAAGCGAGAUAGAGCCAGUGCGACGAAGCAGAAAAGUGGAUCACGCAAAGUUUAUGCCAGUAGCAGUACAAUAAGAUGAAUGGAGUCUAUUCUUAUUCUCGAUAUUUUUUACGAACGAUCAGACGAAGUUGACGUAUUGAUUGAGUUAGUUUAAGGAAUGUCUGUUUUAUUUCGGUUCGAGCAAGAAUGUUGUUUUCCGUUUUCUUUUUGAUAAUAUUUUUAACAAAUUGACUAAAUUUGCUGCCAAUGCAAAUGCCGCCCGCGUACUGAGUCAAGCAAGAAUGAGAAAGUUACAAGAACGUGAAAAGUUAGAAAAGUUAGAAGAAAAACAACGCAAACGCCUAAACGAGAUGCUCCUUUAUUCAUGAGUAAACAUUGUGACACAAAUCCGUAAAAACGUGAGCUGUGCGCCAAGAGUAAAGAAAAACAUCGGCAAUUUAACUACCCACAACGAUCAUCGAUCCGUAAAUAAACAGUGUAACAGCAUGCGGACGCUUCGCAUGUUCCGCAGAGCAACACUUGUAAACGAUGUGCAACUGAAUCGUAUUUUCUUCUUCACAAAUUAGCUGAAAAGUAAUAAAAUAGUAAACUAGUAAAAAAAAGUAAUAGAAAUAAGGUCGCGUAAACGCGGGUGAGAUAAAAGCAUACAAGCAGCUCUCGUGAGAGAAAAAAUAAGCAAAAAAUAUGCAACAGCAGGAGUACGCAGCGUGACAGAACAAAAUUAACAAAGAAAGGCAGAAUAGAAACAGAUUACAAUAUAUACAAACGAAGCCGAAGCUGUAGCUUAUAUGAAAGGUGCAACAAAUUUUGUGUGUUACUGCCUCCUGGGGGGCCGGCGAAAGUGUCGGCAAACAAAUUUAGUGCAAAUUUCCCCGGUUUGGUCACCGAUGACUCGGUGAACUCUCGGUGAACCCUCGGUGACGAGAAAGCAUAGCUGUAAUAAACUAUUUAUUUUAAAAGGAUAAUUUAUCACAAAACUUUGACAGUCAUAAGAUCUGCAACACAGCUCACUUCGGGUGUGUUCGCUCAGAUACAAACAGAUACAAACACGAUGCGUAUUACACCAAUUUCGAUUGUAUCCAAAUAAAUAAAUUUGUGCAAACGAAUGCAAACUCUCCAACAAAUGCUGGACAAUUCGCAGCGAACCAACAACAGGGUGAAGGACUGGGCAAGGAAAGGCAGAGUUAGAACUAAGCAGAGCGCUGCGUGUGGCUUCGAUUUCGUUUCGUAAUGAAAAGAAAUGCUGAAGCGCUUCGGAAGGAUAGUGCAAGGAACGAACACUUGCUGAUGCUAAAGGCUUUGGUGGCAGCUCCCCCAUUGGGCACGACCGGAUGGCUUUGGUAGAAUCAUCGGUCGGCCGGACGGCCGUUUCGUAUGAAUGUAAUAAUAAUUUCAGUGCUCCAACACAUGUUGCUGCUAUCGGCUGAAGCCAAAAUGUCUACUUUGAUUAUGGACUUUCUUUCGUUGGCAAUCAGUCGAACUUUAUGUUUCUAUAGAAUGAGACAUUCUCUUGAACCCUAAUAAUAAUUAAAUAAAAAAAUCAUAAAAACAAAGGCACGUGUAUGCGUCUGUGCUAGAGCCGUGUUUGUGUGUGUGUAUGUAUUGUUGGCUUUUGCUGUUCGCGUUUGUUUGGCUUUUUUGUAGCGCCUCACACUGGAAAGAAUGCAAAGAUAACGAAACAAAGUAAUGAACAUCCGUUUUGUGUAAACUAACGACGUACAAAUGUAGUCCAAAGCCAACGGACUGAAAUGUGUUCAUAGUUUGCUUGCACAAAUUCUCAAACUCGUUCGAUUGCAUCGUACCGGACGAUCUAUGUUUGUUGGGCCGUGUGGCAUUUGGACACAUGGAAAAGUCGCCUACGGGCAGGGGUGUUGUGAGUUUUCUCCAGUGGACUGGUUCACCCCAGUCGAGUACACUUUCAACUCGAACACAAUGGAGAAACUCCAUCCUACUUUAGUAAUGCGUAAAGCGCAGCGUAUUAUUUAUUGCAUUACAUAAAUUAAGCGUUUGUUUUGCCUUCCUAAAUGUAAGCUUAUGACGGUGGCCGGCGGCUCAUGAGAUGGUUGGUCGUGAAUGCGUUUAGUGCUUUUAGCUGAAAGCUGACAAACUAAGGAGGCACACCAGAACCAGACCUCCGGAACGCAGAAAGCCGAUAGCAAUGAGCAAAAAUAAGAUGUUAAGAAAAGCAUGAGUUUUACAUGAUUGAAAAAAGCUAUAUAGCUAUGCAAGGUACCAUCGGUUGACGGUCGGUUAAAAAUAAAAGAAAAUGUUAAAAAAGUAAUCAGAACAUCAAUACAAUAGAAAAUAAUCCUUACAAGAAAAAGAAACAAAACAAUGGAAACAUAAGCAAAACCCAACAGCUUUACGAAGCAAGUUUUUGGGAAAAGAUAAAAAACAAUCUAUUGAAAUGCAAUUGGCAGAAAUUAAUUAUACAGAAGAAGAGAUCGAAUCAAUCAAAUUUAAGUAUGGAUUAUAUAUUUUUGAACUGCCAGCUUAUGACGAGAAUUCAAAAGCACGAGAUAUAAACGCGAGAAUAUGAAAUAUAUAUACAGAAAAUCAGAAAAAAAAAUCAAACAUGAGAUGAAAAAAGUUUGAAAUAAAUUACAUUACUUGUAAGUAUUAUGAUACGUUGCUUAGUUGUUUUCCUACUUUAUUCUGUUGCUUGGACAAUUUGUGGGAAUGGAAGUAAAAAAUAGUGUAACGUAAGGGAGAGUAGGCAUUUACAACAUAGUGCUGCUUUAUUGAGUAUGGGCCCAACGAGUCGUUUUAAAGCUUGAUUUGGCAGAUGGGCACAUUUUACGCUUUACGGGAAGAGAAACGAAUUUUCAAAAAUGCUUUGUUUCUGUUUUCGGUGUUCGUCGACUAUUAAGAUUGAAAUUAAUCCUUUGCAAUGCGAGAGAGCAACGUUUGUCUUCACACACAUGCCACAUGCCACUAAGGUAAUCCAUGAAAGUCAAAGAAAACAAAUGUGUUUAGUGAUACAAAAUUGGGUACAAAUUACAAUAAAAUUCGAAGAACUAGCAACUGCCACAAAAUAUUAUCAGUUUGUUACUGCCAUUUACUAAUUGGCGUUGUCUUGCUUGCACUUCGUGCUGUGCAAUUGGAAAUAAGCUAAUGGUUCAUUGCUGUUUCGGUCCCUGUUAGUUCAAUUCAUACAAGCUUGCUAAUUGUUUUGCUCGCAAUCAUUGUUUUUUAGACGUGAUUUAUAGAGUGGGAUACAAUGGAGCACGUUUUCCACAAUUGGCGACGUUAUAAACUCGGUUGCAAACUCGAAUGCCCAAGCUAUUUGCCAACAACAUGAACAGAAAAGUAACGGGAGUAUAUGCGAUAAGCGAAAAAUAAAAUCCUUCAAAAAUUAUAUCUCAUUCGUGAAAAUUAUAUAUAUACACACACAAUUGUAUUUACAUUUCUAUAUUGCAUUUUUUUAUUUAAAAGAUCGCCAAAUGGCAGCGCGGAAAGCUAGGUGAAGCACGUCCUUGACGUUUGAAAACUUUUGAAAAUAUUUAAUAGGAACGUUUGGAACAGUGGUGGUCUUCAUUGGAGCUGUUGCAGCAUAGGUACGAUAGCACAGAAAGAAAGUUACACGACAAGAAAACAAAGCCGAUAACAAUUAAAAUAAUGAACCCAACACAGCAAACGCUACAUAAGUCCAAAUAAAACCAAGCAUUGUGCAAAACAAGUUAUGCUGGCUGGCAAAGUGAUCGACUAGUGAAUACACCUAUUGAUACUAAAGCCGUGUCUCAUAUCAAAACAG